AUGGCGUUCAACAAUCUUGAACUGCGCCACCUUCCCGGCCUUCUUAUAGCCAGUUCCGAGACCUUCGGUGGGUUCUGGCCUCUUUUUAACGCGGAGAGAGCAAUCCUCGCAUUUGGCCUCCCAGGACCCAUUGCGCAAUCAGUACCCGCGCAGACGACAAUGUUCAUUGCAUCGUCCCGUAUCAGCACCAUAGGGAUGAUAAUAUUCGCUCUGUACGGCCAGGGAAAUCUCGCUGCUGUUGACACCGUGCUUGCGGUCAUGGGCCUUUACGUGGGAGUGAUGGAUGGCUAUUUCUGCUGGCGCGAGGGCAGGCCGAAGAUGGGGCUGUUCCGCUCUGCUGGUGCUUUCACGGUUGCGGCUGUUGGGUUGGCUGGAUGCACAGCGGGUGGUCAAGGCUAA